AUGACGGUGGUACAAUGCGUCGUGAGCGCCGUGGCUGUCAAAGCUUCCGGGCUGAAUGUCAGCAUCGGGCCGCUCAUCAUGUUUUACCUGACCAAGCCUCGUGUUGGGUGGGUGGUUGUCAUGCUAUCAGCUUGCUUCUAUGAACCUCUCACCGAUACAGCCACCGAUGUACUCUUCCAAGAAUGUGUGCUGGGCGUCUUGGCACUUCCUGGUGCGCUCAUGUUCUUGAGAGUCAGUGGCUUUGGGGAGAUGCCCGACGGUUGCGAUACAUAUGACAUGUACGAUAAUUAUGCGAUGGGCACAAACGGUGAUGCCAACCUUUUCCUGCGCAGCGGGUCAAGCAGCCUUGUCGCAUGCGGUGCGAUCCUUUUGUUUGUUGGCAUUUCCAUGCUUUGGAAACGUCGCUUUCUCAAGAGGCGUCUUGGCCUAUUGGCCAUGAUCCCUUGCACAGGCGCAUUCGUCUCUGCUUGGGUUCUCUGGAUCGGCUUUGACUAUGCUGUCAUGAAUGGAGACUUCUGUAUUUCGGGGUCGGCUAUCGGAACUGUAUCUGCCAUAUCUAUCAUUUUCCCCAUUCUAAACGGUCUUUUGCGUGGCUGGAUUGGAUAUCCUGGUGGAGGGUACUACCCGUAUUAA